AAAUCUAGCUCUGAAAUAUUUUAGAAACCUUUUUUUACAAGGCAAGGCGACUGAUAGCCAUUGCCCCCACCCACCGUUUCUUAAACAGAUUUUUAUCAUCGAGGUCUAAUCAUAGACAUAGAGGUGCUUCCGUGCUUAUCCCUGAUGCAGAGUGUCAAGAAUAUAGUCAAUCUUCUACUUCUUCCUCUCUGCAAUUCUUUAUAGUCUCCUAAUCUUACAUGCUAGACUUCCCUCAAUUGCCUAAUCUGAAGGAAGUGUUUUGAGGAAAGAUGUCUGGUUAUAUGGCUGCGUUAUAUGAAAACAAGAUGAUGUCAAGCGGCGAAAAUCUGCUGACUGCCAUAGUGCCUUUGAUGAAACUUCUCUCCCUUAUUGUUAUAGGAUUGGUUCUUGCACACCCAAAAGCCCAAAUGAUCCCAAGAGAAACAUUUAGGCUCCUAAGCAAACUAGUUUUUGCUCUGUUCUUGCCCUGCCUGAUUUUCACCGAGCUUGGUGAAAGCAUCACGCUUCAGAACAUUGCCCUUUGGUGGUUUAUCCCUGUCAAUGUGUUGGUUAGCACAGUCAUUGGUUGCUUUCUCGGGGUGGCAGUGGUGCUUAUAUGUCGUCCGCCUCCACAGUUUAACAGAUUCACCAUUAUCAUGACUGCCUUUGGCAAUACUGGAAAUCUCCCUCUCGCUAUUGUUGGAUCUGUCUGUCACACUAAAGAUAGCCCAUUUGGACCCCAUUGCCACUCGAAGGGAGUGGCAUAUGUCUCUUUUGCCCAAUGGGUUGCAGUGAUUCUUGUUUACACCCUAGUUUAUCACAUGAUGGAGCCUCCAAUGCAGUACUAUGAGAUUGUCGAGGAAGGAGCCGAGAUUGAGGAACAACCAGUUAGUAAUGUCAGUAGACCUCUCCUGGUAGAAGCUGAAUGGCCAGGCAUUGAGGAAAAAGAAACUGAACAUUCAAAGACGCCUUUUAUUGCUAGGAUCUUUCAUAGCAUCUCAAGUCUUUCACAAACUACUUUUCCGGACAUUGACCUGGGUGAACGCAGUUUGAGCAGUCCCAGGUCCAUUCAGUGUUUGGCUGAGCCGAGAGUUGUGAGAAGGAUCAGAAUUGUAGUUGAACAAACUCCCGUGCAGCACAUACUUCAACCUCCAACAAUUGCUUCUCUAUUUGCUAUCAUCAUUGGAAUGGUGCCUCAACUAAAAGCUUUUUUCUUUGGAUAUGAUGCUCCUCUAUCUUUUGUUACAGACAGCUUAGAAAUUUUAGCUGGAGCUAUGGUGCCUUCUGUGAUGCUAAUUCUUGGGGGUAUGCUUGCGGAGGGGCCAAAAGAUUCUACCCUUGGGCUUCGAACUACAAUUGGCAUAACAGUUGCAAGGCUUUUGGUGCUUCCUCUGUUGGGAAUUGGUGUGGUAGCAUUGGCUGAUAAACUGCAUCUUCUUGUCCAGGGUGAUGCAAUGUACAGAUUUGUGCUAUUAUUACAGUACACAACACCAAGUGCCAUUCUAUUGGGAGCAAUUGCCAGCCUGAGGGGUUAUGCAGUUAAGGAGGCCUCUGCUCUUCUCUUCUGGCAGCAUGUCUUCGCCCUGUUCUCCCUUUCAUUGUACAUCAUUAUCUACUUCAAAUUACUCACUUAUAUAUGAGUUUGUGGUAUCUUACAGCCUCGGAGUAUUGUAUUGUUUUCAUCCAAGUUCUGCAGAUUGCUGCUGUCCAUUUCAUUGGAGUGCUUUGCUUUUAAUAAGAUGGAAUUCUGUUCA